AUGAGGUCAAUUAUCCCCUUCUUUUUCGUUCCAGCUUGUUUGGCUGUACCCUAUGCCGAGUAUAUUUAUGCACCGUCCUCGAGAAUUUUGAUUCCCCCAGCGGUAGUCGGCGUAAAUGGCUCCGUCACAACUCCAGCAGCUCUGACCAAUGCUAGUGACAUGCGCCCAGCUGUCUUCAAUGGCCCCUCAUCAGUAACCUUUGAUUUCCAGAAGAAUGUUGCCGGGAUAGUUUCCAUCGACAUCGCUUCUGCUUCUUCUGAUGCAUUCAUUGGUGUCACUUUUUCUGAAUCAAGCCUAUACAUCAGUGAGCAGGCUUGCGACGCCACAGCGGACGCAGGAUUUGACAGCCCUCUUUGGUUCUCCAUCGCAGGUGGACCUAGUACCUACACAGCAGCAGAAAAGCACAACAGAGGCGGCUUCCGGUACAUGACUUUGGUUAGCAAUACGACGGCGGCGGUAUCUGUGAAUCGCGUGACGGUCAACUUCACAGCCGCACCAACGCAGAACCUGCGCGCAUACACCGGUUAUUUCCACUCUAACGAUGACUUGCUAAAUCGGAUCUGGUAUGCCGGAGCAUAUACAAACCAACUGUCGACCAUUAACCCAGCCAUGGGCAACGCUCUUCCGUGGUACCACAUAAUCAACAGCACGCAGACCAUUGCGCUCCCGGAGACCGUUCCGUGGUGGACCAACUACACUAUUUCAAAUGGCAGCAGCGUUCUCACCGAUGGCGCUAAGAGAGAUCGAUUGAUAUGGCCCGGCGAUAUGUCCAUCUCACUAGAGGCGAUCGGCGUGAGCACGAAGACGGCCGUCUACCAUAUGCUAGUCCGCCCUUUUGCUGAUACCAUCAGCUUCACGUACCACUGUCAUAGUCUCAACGGCCUUGCUCUGUACUAUCUUUAUUCCGGCGACCUGGACUGGUUGUCUCGGCACUGGAAUCAGUUCAAACGAGGCGUCGACUAUGCGCUGUCAAGUGUCGACGCCACCGGCCUGGCUAAUAUCACUGCUAGUUCAGACUGGCUACGUUUUGGAAUGGGUGGUCAUAACAUCGAAGCCAACUCCCUCCUCCACUAUGUCCUGAACCAAGGUCUGAACCUGGCAGCCGUUCUCAACGACACCUCUGUCCAGCAUGUAUGGGCCUCCAAAGCAAGAAAUAUCAAGGCUGCCGCGAACCUGCACCUCUGGGAUAACAGCACCGGCCUCUUCCGUGACAACGAGACCACGACCCUCUACCCACAAGAUGGCAACGUCUGGGUUGUGAAGUCCAACCUAACCCAGUCAAUAUCCCAGAUCCGACGAAUCUCCCAGUCUCUGCGCAACCGCUGGGGAAAAUACGGUGCGCCUGCCCCGGAAGCCGGACGGACUAUAUCACCUUUCAUCAGUGGGUUUGAGCUGCAAGCGCACUACAUCGCUGGGAGCCCCAACUCCGCGUUGGAUUUACUCCGUCUAGAAUGGGGCUUUAUGAUGGAUGACCCACGCAUGACCAACUCAACCUUCAUCGAGGGCUAUUCAUCCGAUGGGUCGCUGCAGUACGAACCGUACACUAACGACCUCCGCGUGUCGCAUGCGCACGGUUGGUCUACUGGCCCGACAUCCGUUCUCAUGAACUACGCCGCUGGGCUACGGCUGAAGUCCGCGGCGGGAGCGACAUGGUCCAUCGCUCCACAGCCUGGCAAUCUGACAUCUGUCGAUGCGGGUUUCGUCACGAAGCUUGGCACAUUUGCAAUUGAUUUUGAGGUGCGAGAUGGGACGUACCAGCAUCUGCGCUUCAGCACGCCCAUUGGCACUACAGGGGACGUUGUUUUCUCAGGGGAGAACGGGACCUUGAUCAGCGCCAAUGGGGUCAGGGUUGCACUUGGGGCCGGUGGUGUGGCUAGUAGGCUGCCGGGGGGUAAUUGGACGUUUGUUCCCAGAAGCUGA